AAGAAGAAGUGACCCAAAUCAAACACACCUGUGAAUGUUGUGUCUCUAACAGGAUGUUGGACGUUGCUAAAUGCUAACAGAGCUAAUGGUGACUUCUGUGUUUACUGAGGAACUUUUACCUUCAGUGGGGAAGUUAGUGGGACCAGAGAAGCUGAGUGGACUGAACCUGGAGCAGAUUGGGAAGGACUUUGCAGCGUUCAAGACUCACAGAAUGUCUUCAGACAGGUUUUACCAUGUUGUUGCAGAAGUCUCUCAGUGCAAUAUAAAUAUGAAAGUAAUGUGAAUAAUCCUCCAUUCUUCUGGCUUUCUGCCACAACCUACAUUCAGUAAUCUCCCGGCUUUGGUGAGGUCCAACACUGAUGUUGGGUGAUAAUGUCGGUGUCCCAGUUCAUCCUGAAGGUGUUGAAGUCCGGGCUCUGUGCAGCUCGGUUCUGGUGCUGGUUCUUCUGGGUGACGGUACCGCUGGUGCUGCUGGUGGCCGCGGAUCAGGUCGCUCUGGUGGAGUAUCAGGUGUUCCUGGAGCAGCGGCCCGUCGGCAGCGCUCUGCUCCGGGGAGAGGUGGUGGAGUCCGGCCGGGGGACCAGCAGGAGCUCCGAGGACCGGGAGGAGCUGGAGGGAGAGCUGGUCCUGGUUCAGGAGGAUGAGGAGACGCAGGUGAGCGGAGGAAAAGACGAAGACGACACCAAAGAGCAGGAGCUGUGGAUCGGGGUGGUGCCUGUGGAGAUCGACGACAGCAAAGCCUCCACCGGAAACCAGGAGUCCUUCACCGAUGCUAUGGUCAACAAAAUGAAGCGAGCGUUGGUCCUCGGAGCGUCUGCGCUGAUCAUCCUGGCUCUCAACCAAAACACUGUCAGUGAGAUGGAUCUGUCUCAGGUGCUGUCAAAGCCCAUCAUCGUGAUCCAGACAUCUGAAAAUGUCACCAAACUGAUCGGAGCUCUGCUCAGGGGUCUUCAGGCGACCGCAAAAAUCACAUACAAGACGAUUCUGCAGGACAACCUGGGGGCCACGCUCACGCUGUGGUCCAGCUGCGGUCGGUCGAGAGGAGGUCGCUACGGAGAGUGGCAGGGGGUCAUCUGCACGGGAGAGACCAACUCUCAGGUUCAGAAGUACCUGCAGCAGCUGUGGGACACCGUCCUCCUGGUGGCUCUGAUCCUCAGCACCGGAGUCAUUGUUCAGGCUCACUGGCAGUACCAGGACCACCAGCCGAACGACGACUUGGAGCUCUUUCCUAAACAGGACGUUCUGAAGAGAAUGUCGUCGCUGAAGACCAAAACGUAUCGUCAGCCCAAACCGUGGUGUGACCCGUCCCAGCCGGUGGAGACGGAAAACUGUGCAGUCUGUCUAGAGCCGUUCAACAACAACCAGUGUCUACGGGUGCUGCCGUGUCUUCAUGAGUACCACAGGGAGUGUGUCGACCCCUGGCUGCUGCUGCAUCACACCUGUCCUCUGUGCAAACGCAGCAUCCUCGGCAGCGUCUGCAGAGACCGUUAACAGUCGCCUUGCCUCCACCGCCACCACACCUCUGGGAAUCAAGUCUCAUCUCUUCCUCAGUGACUCUCCAGUAGCCGUUUUUUUUUCUGACCUCGCCACUUCCUCCUUCCAGCAAUGGAUUGUGGGAGCAAAUAUAAACUCAUCACAGCAGCUGUCUGGACUGUGGAGUGGUCAGAUUUUGACCAUCUGACCGUCGGGUGAGUGCAGAAAGACAUACAGUGGUAGUGUAAACACAAUACUAUGAAGUACUGUACUGGUGUGUGUAAACAGUACCUCUUCCUGGGAUCAUGUUACUGUACAAUUGUGGAAGUAUUUGUAUGUGUGAUCUACAGCAGUGAAGAUGUGACUCAUGAGGGUGCUCAAUGUGACUCUUCACAAACACCUUCUGCUCGGUUUCUGCAAACAACUGAGCGAGUACUCACGAGUCAGUUGUUUCUACAUGGACAUUCAAUGCUUAAUUGUUUUAAGCAGGGAUGUAUUGAUCGACUUGUCAGUGUCAAUGUUCACUUUAGGUCCUAAUGAUGUCAAUAACUUAUAAAGUGAGAGUUUAAACA